GGGCAUGCGGUUGUGAAACACUGGCAGCGGACAGAAGCAAACGACACUAGCGCGGCUGGAAACGCUGUGUGGCCCAUGCAUUUCAUCAGCGAUUGAGCGGACCGACUCCACCAUGGCUGGGCGUGAGGUUCCAUUGCUCCUGGUCUUGACCCUGGCUUCUGGAUGAUCUGGCCUGCCGCUGCCCAUCUCUCCAAACUACAUACUGUGUCGAUUGCUGCUCUUCAACAAAACCAAUUUUACCAAGCUUCCGCCACCGAACCCGCCCCAAUCUGUCCAACUCGCCUUGCCGUUCGCCUCAGUUUUCUUCAAGAUGCAACACCUCCUUUUGUCCCUGUCCCUGCUCGCCUCGGCUGCCGUUGGCGCCCUGGCUUCGGACGACUUGAAGAUCGACGUUACGCUCCCGGUCGAGUGCGAGCGGAAGACCCAGAAGGGCGACACCAUCAAUGUCCAUUACAGCGGAACCCUCCAGUCCAAUGGCAAGAAAUUCGAUGCGAGCUAUGACCGUGGGACACCCUUCAGCUUCAGAUUGGGGUCUGGGAUGGUGAUCAAAGGCUGGGAUGAGGGCUUGCUCGACAUGUGCAUCGGCGAGAAACGGACCUUGACUAUCGGGCCAAGCUACGGCUACGGAGAUCGGAACAUUGGCCCCAUUCCUGCCGGAUCUACUCUGGUCUUCGAGACCGAGAUGAUGGGCAUUGAGGGCGUCCCCCAGCCCGAAUCGAUUGCCACCAAGUCCGCUACCGACAGCCCGGCGUCUUCAGCGACCGAGAAAGUGGCCGAGAAGGUUGCGAGUGCCGUGAGCGAAGCCGCCGAGGCGGUGAAGACGGUGGUGGCCGAUACCGAUGACGUUCAGGAGCACAACGAACUCUAAGCUAUUUUAGCUUUGGUUGCGAAGGGUACCACGGAUUUGUCGCAUGGUGCGGCAAUCUGAUGUGAUUCGACUGGAUUGCGCAAGAGGCGACCGUGGUGUUGCCGCAACUGUUGAUAGAGAGUCUUGAGCAACUGCUGUUAGGAAUCCAUCCGCCGACCACGCCCCCACUAGAC